AUGACUAGUCGAUUGGCUCUAUUCGAUCAGACGCUUAGUGCGUCGCUGUUGCAGCGAGUGAAUUCGGAUCCGCAUGACUAUAAAGCCUACAAGACACGUGUGAAACUGAAAAUCCUUGAGCAGCGAGGGGAGCAUGGCGAGAAAGAGUUGAAAUUCGAAAUUUCUCGCGCCGACGAUUUCGAGUUCCUUUUCGCGGCAAUUUUGAACAACGAAAAAUACCAAGAGCUGGCGAAGGCUCAUGAGCUAACAGUGGACUUUGACACAUUUCCAAAAGUGAUAAUCCAACAUUUAUUGUGCAAAAAUAUUGUAAAAACGGCUGACGAGGAUGGAAUUGAGGUCGACGCCCGGGCAAAACCCGGAUAUCAUAGUAUAAUUGAAAAUAGAGGAGUUCCACCGACGGAAAUCAACAUAAAACUGGAAAAGGACAAGAAUUCGUGUGAAUUUGAGAUUUUUUCGAAGACACCCAUCUCCAAGGGAAAGAUCUUUGCGAUGAGCUUACAGGCGGUCCGAGGGGAUUUGUUGAUUGCUCAUUUGCUCAAAAUUUGUUCAUCACAGUCGACAAAAAUUGCCACGUUGCACAGAUCCACUGACGAGUUAGCAGCUCUAAAAACGAAAGUCGCCGAAAUGGAAAAGCGGAAUCAAUCGAUAGAAGAUCUGGAAAAAAAGAUAGAGGAGCAGGAAGAGAGAAUUAGAGAAAUGGAGGAUGAGUUGGAAUUGGUGAAAGAGGAACGCGAGAAUAUUCGAGUGAUUGCUGAGGAGAAGGAGGAUCUAGUGGCCGAACUACAGAAUGAUCUGGAAUCGGUGAAUCGGGAGCUAGAGGAGAAUCAGGAGGAGCUGGAAAUCGUCGGCAAGAUGUUAGGAGAGGAACAGGGGAAAGUGGAUCAGUUGCAGAAACGAAAUGUGGCUCAUCAGAAGGAGCUUGCCACGUUGCAGAGAAACUUCCAGAAGGUUGAAAGUCAGCUGAAAAGGAGCUCCGUUGAGCAAAGCCAACAGAGCCUAGAUAUCCGGAAAUUGAGAGAAUUGGAAGCGGACUUGAAGGAAAAGGACUCGAUGGUUGAGAAUUUGACACAGACUGUUGGCAUAUUGAAGAAGGAAUUGGAGGAUGAAAGGGUCAAAAUGCAGGAGACGAUGACCAGUUUUGAGAGCUUGAAAGUCGAAAAUGAGAGUGUUAAAGAGAGACUGGCGAUGUACCGGAAUCAACGCUUUUCACCGGCGCCCGUCGGACUACAAACUACAACAAUUCCAAGUGCUGGCGUCGGAUUCAAGACGGUUUUAGGCCAGAAUUCACCAUAUGCCAAUAAUCCGAAUAUGAGAACCCCAUUCCGCGACACGAGCUCCGCUUUGAACACUGGAUUAACCUAUCAAAAUUCGAUUACCCCGCUUCCAAAUACUACUAGAUUUUUGAUGGCAGACGACACGACAGGCUCUAGUGUCACGAAUACACCGCCCGUCCUGAGAAAUCCAUUAUAA